AUGACGAGAAAGAGGAAGAACACUGAUCCAGAAGAUUCUGGUAUGAGCUCAGGUGAAAGCUCAGUUGGGCAUGUAGGGGAUGAGGGAGUAGCUACAUUUGGUGGCAUCCGACGUGCCAGAAAGCGAUUCGUGGGGGUUCGUCAGAGGCCUUCUGGUCGCUGGGUGGCAGAGAUCAAGAACACAAUUCAGAAGAUAAGACACCGCCCUCCUCCUCCUCCUCCUCCUCCUCCUCCCCCCCCCCUGCCACGUCAUCACAAAACCCACGCCCCCAACAAUAAUAGCAGUAGCCCUAACAAUCUCACUGCUCUCCAAUGCGAGCACUUCAGCUCGUGUUCGGGUUGCUCGCACGAGUGGGAUUUGGACAGGCCGCACGUGCUGCAGGAGGCUGAGAAGUUCUUCAAGGAUUUUGGAGUCUCUGAUUUCACCUUCGACGCUUGUAGAUUGUGGGAAUGGAGAUGUAGAGCAAAGCUGGCUGUCCGAGGAUCCUCUGAAAGCCCAUUAAUCGGGCUGUAUCAAGAAGGCACACAUAAUGUUGUAGAUAUUCCACUAUGUAGAGCUCAUCACCCAAACAUCAAUGCUGCAGUCACUCUUCUGAAACAAGGCAUUUCUACAUUGAAUAUUCAACCAUAUGAUGAAGAUUCAGGAACUGGUGAACUCAGAUAUGUACAGAUGGCCGUGACAACAUAUGACACAUCCCUUCCAACUGCUGAGCGAUACCUAAAAGGAAAAGUACAGGUGUCACUGGUUUGGAACUCUAGAAAUGAAAACUCACAAAGUUCUGAGCAGUUGAAGGCCCUUUCAGAUUUCUUAUGGAGAAAUGGGGGGUCAAGCAGUAACGUACAUCUAAUCCAUUCGAUAUGGGUCAACUUUCAGACGUCAGCUAGCAAUAUAAUAUUUGGAAAUAGGUGGAGACAUCUUCUAGGCGAAAGAGAGUUUUGGGAACAUAUUGGUGGGAUUGAUAUCUCUUUGGACCCCUCAAGCUUUGGUCAGGCAAAUACGCAGGCAUUUAAUUCAUUGCUAAGGAGAUUGCAGAAAUAUGUUCCAUAUGGAUCAUCUGUCGUUGAUUUGUAUGCAGGGGCUGGCAGCAUUGGAUUAUCAGUUGCUGUCACUAGGAAAUGUAGGUCUGUGAAAUGUGUUGAGAUAAACAAGGAAUCAAAGCUGUCUUUUGAGAAGUCACUCAACCGUUUACCAAAAACUGUUGAUUGCAACAUCAGUUGGCACAACACAGAUGCUUCACUUGAACCACUUCAUUGGCUUGAGGGUUCAGAAGUCGUCAUUGUGGAUCCUCCGAGGAAAGGACUGCACCCAUCCCUGGGUGAAGCACUGAGAGCACUUUCUAAUAGGAAGAGUGUUGCUGCAAGUGGAAGUUCCACCGUGAAGGUGAAAGAUGAAAAGAGACCAUGGAUUCUGCGUGCCAGAGAGGCCUCUGUUCAUGUUGAUAGCAAAACUGAUUGGGAGAAAGGCCAAACAUGGCCCCAAACUUUGAUCUACAUUAGUUGUGGAUGGGAAAGCUUUAAGGAGGAUUGCAGAAAUUUAUUGUCUACUAAGACAUGGCGUUUGGAAAAGGCCCAUGCUUUCAAUUUUUUCCCUGGCACUCAGAGCAUUGAAGUUUUGGCUGUCUUCAAACGUGGACCACGAGUCAACCAGAAGAAAAAGAAAACAGGGAAGAAGAAGAAGAAAGCAUAGGAAGAUAAACCACACACAUGAAUACUUCAAAGCAGAGAACAUGUGAACGCUCAGCAAAAAAGAAAUUCCUCUACAAAAAAAGAUCAAGGAAUAGGAUCCUAUAUGUUAUUGGCCAUGAGAGCUUAACCUCGUUGGAGAUUUCUGCAAAUCCGAGCAAUCUUCGAAAGAGCAAAUGGAAAGUGAGGCUGUAAUAUGUUGGAAAACAACCUGAUGUGGCUUGUAAGAAUGUCCAGGGGUUUUUGAGAAACAGAUGAAACCAGUAUCAGUGCCUCCAUCCUAUAUGAAUCCUGAUUCUCCUUGAUCCUUUUUUUUUUUUUGCCUCGUAAUCAUUGUACUAAGCUCAUAUGGGUUAGAAUUGCUCAGUGAUUGUGCGAAUGCGAAGUGUUGAGAAGAGAUGCAUUGGGAUUCAAUGUUGUACUGAGUAUAAUAUUCUUUUUCCACCCAAUUUUGUAAAAGACGAUUGAACAGUUGAAUC